AUGUUUAAUAACGCUGGUAUCAUGCAUCCCGAAGAUGACAAUGCUCUCAACACAGAGGAUCGCGUUUGGGAUCUGACCAUGGAUAUCAAUGUCAAGGGUGUAUGGUAUGGCUGUAAACAUGCUAUUAUUGCCAUGCGUAAAAGUGGAGGCGGAUCUAUUAUCAACACUGCCAGUUUUGUUGCUUUAAUGGGAGCUGCUACACCCCAGUUGGCUUAUACUGCUUCAAAGGGUGCCGUAUUAGCCAUGACUCGCGAGUUGGCCAUGGUACAUGCGCGCGAGAACAUUCGUUUCAACUCUCUCUGUCCCGGACCUAUUCGAACACCUUUGUUGAUGGAUUUCUUGAACACGGAAGAAAAGAAACAGCGUCGUCUUGUUCAUGUUCCCCAAGGCAGAUUCGGCGAGGCUAUUGAACAAGCCUACGGUGCACUCUUUUUAGCCUCAGAUGAAAGUUCUUUUGUGACAGGUACUGACUUUAGAGUGGAUGGAGGCUUGGCCUCUUCUUAUGUGACACCUGAAGGUGAACCCACAGGUACAAUCAUUUCUUUGACAAACGAGUUUGUUGAUUACUUGAAUGCAGACGGCAUUUACUUGCCAGAAGACGGUCAACCUCGAGCAGCCACGCUUGAAGAAUUAGACUCUGAUGAAGAAAUCACCGAGUUCCCUAAUCAAGAACCAGAUAGCAACAUACCUGAUUUUCCACUUGUUGAAAAAGAGAUCCGAGAAGUUAUCUAUGAGUUUGAAGGAGCCGUGUUUCCAAAACUAAACUGGACCUCACCUAGGGACGCAGCAUGGAUUUCAGCCACACAGUCGUUAAAAUGCACAUCGCCUUUUGAUGUGUUUUUGUUAUUAAAAUCCUCGGAUUUCAUCAACCAUGAUUUAAACCAUGCUUACGAAAAUUGCGUAGAUGAACCAGAAAAGAAGGUCGAAUACAAUCUCGUACUCCGCAAAUGGUACGAUUUACAACCUUCCAUGGAGUUUAGAUGCUUUGUCAAGAACCAAGAAAUUAUUGGAAUCACUCAAAGAGAUUUAAAUUAUUAUGCAUUUUUAAAGGAUGUGGCACAAGAUGUUGAACAAAAGAUUUACGAGUUUUUCGAAGAUACCAUUCGAGAUGGAUUUGAAAGCGCAAAUUAUGUGUUUGAUGUGUAUAUCCAACGUAACAAUGAUAGAAUCUUUAUUGUGGAUUUUAACCCAUUUAAUCAUACAACUGAUGCUUUACUUUAUGAUUGGAGCGAACUCAUGUCAUUCGAUACUGAAAAGGGCGUAUCUGAAAUCCGUCUUAUCAAUUCCCAAGCUGAAUCCAACUCUCUUGCGUGCAACGCACCCAAAUUCGCUACCAAUAUGAUUCCCAAAGAUGUCAUUGACUUAUCAAGCGGUAAAUCAAUUGCCGAAUUUGCUGAGCAAUUUGAAAAGGCAAUGCAAAGAACUGAAGCCGGUGAUUAUAGUAGUAGUAGCGAUAGCGAAUAA